AUGAAUAUCCCAGCUUCAGAAUCAGAAGUACAGAAAUCUCAUGAAGAAAGAUAUAAAAAUUAUGUCUCAGAAUCAACACAAAAUUUAUUAGAUGGUGAAAUAGACGAAACACUUUCAGAAGAAGGUACUAAAUUUAUUCGUAAACAUAAGUUACAAUUUAUUGAUAAUGAAGAAUACCCUUGUAUCUUACUUUCACCUCCUCUCGAUUCUGAGAAAUUCAAAAAAGCUCUUAAAAACGUGACAUAUGCAACUAAUACGAUUAAGAAAGAAGAUCAUGAUAUUUACACAAAUUAUUAUUUAAAUAAAUGCACAGGUGUUGAUAAAGUUUUUGAUUUAUUAGAUAAAAUAUCAAAAGAAACCAUUGGAACCUAUAAAAUUUUAUGUGAUUGCGGUUUCAUUGUUGAAGAUACUAAUAAUGUUUCAUAUGAAAGAACAGCACCGAAGGAAGAUGAAGUGGAAAUGUCUAUACCAUUCGUUAUUAAGAAUAUAAAAGAUAUGAAAACGUAUAAGCAUUAUAUUUAUUCAUUUAUUUCAGAAAAAACGGAAGCAACCCAUAAAACAUCUUCUCAUCAUUUUAUAGCUAUUCAUACUUUCCUUUUCAAAGUUGUGAAAUUAAAUAAGACAGGAAUUAGAUUUAAUGUGUCAGGAUAUGCAUUCUUGAGUAAAUUAAAAUGUAUUCGUCACGUCGCAGAUGAUAAAAAUUUAUGUGUUCUUAAUUCAUUUUACGGACUUUAA